CAAGGCUGCGCCGCGCAUCUAUGAUUCUGCUGACGAGACGUCCGCGUUUUUAAUCAUCCGAAGUGUUUAAAUAAUUACUACUAAUUUGUUUUAUAUGUACCGGUUGUUUAAUUUAACGACGUAAUACUUUACAUAACAUUUAAAACACACGACUUUGUAAACAUGGCGUUUGUCAAAGAGGAGACCGUAGACAUCAGGAUUGAAGAAGUUUUCUGUCUCAAACAAGAAGAUUUCGAGAAACUCAGAGACUUGACAGCAACUAAAGAGACGAAUGAAGUGCUGAAUAAAAUGGAAGAAGAUCAGCAUGAGAACCAUCAUGAUUUCAUAACUGAAGAAAAAUCUUUCAGUUGCUCAGAGAUUAAGAAGACUUCCUCUCGAAAAACAGUUAAAAAAGCGAUAGGAGCUAGAAGUUGUUUUACCUGCUUUCAGUGUGGAAAGCUUUUCACUUUUAAAGGAAGCCUCGCCAGGCAUAUGAGAAUACACACUGGAGAGAAACCUUUUACCUGCCUUCAGUGUGGAAAACACUUCAGACACAAAACAAACCUUAACAGGCAUAUGAGGAUUCACACUGGAGAGAAGCCUUACACAUGCCAACAGUGUGGAAAGAGUUUUCAUCAACAUGUAAACCUUAAAGCACACAUAAGAACUCACAAUCGUGAAAAACUUUAUUCGUGCCGGCAGUGUGGAAAAACUUUUGCUCAACAAGGAAACCUCGACGUCCACAUGAAAAUUCAUACAGAAGAAAACCCUACCUGUCAACAGUGUGGAAAAAGUUUCAAACGAAUAGGAAACCUUAAGAACCACAUGAUAAUUCACUCUAGAGAAAAGCCUCACAUAUGCCAUCAGUAUGGAAAGGGUUUUCAUCAACAAAGAAACCUUGAAGUCCACAUGAAAGUUCAUACAGGAGAAAGGGCUUUUACCUGCCAACAGUGUGGAAAACAAUUCAACCAAAAAGUAAACCUUGAAGCUCACUUGAAAGUACACACUGGAGAAAGCCAUUUCACUUGCAAGCAGUGCGGAAAACGUUUCACUCAAAAAGGAAACCUUAACAGGCAUAUGCAAAUACACAGUGGAGAGAAGUCUUACUCGUGCCCUCAGUGUGGAGUAAGUUUCACACAAAAAGUGGUUCUCAAUAGGCAUAUAAGGAAUCAUACUAGGGAAAAGCCUUACACAUGCCUUCAGUGCGGAAAGAGUUUUGGUCAAAAUGAAAAGCUUGAAGUACACAUGAGAACACACAAUCGUGAAAAACUUUAUUCAUGCCGGCAGUGUGGAAAAAGUUUUGCUCAACAGGUAAACCUUGACGUCCACAUGAAAAUUCAUACAGAAGAAAACCCUUUUACCUGUCAACAGUGUGGAAAAAGUUUUGCUCAACAGGGAAACCUCGACGUCCACAUGAAAAUUCAUACAGAAGAAAACUCUUUUACUUGUCAACAGUGUGGAAAAAGUUUUGCUCAACAGGGAAACCUCGACGUCCACAUGAAAAUUCAUACAGAAGAAAACCCUUUUACUUGUCAACAGUGUGGAAAAAGUUUCAAACGAAUAGGAAACCUUAAGUACCAUAUGAGAAUUCACUCUAGAAAAAAACCUCACACAUGCCAUCAGUGUGGAAAAAGUUUCGCUCAAAAUGAAAAGUUUGAAGAACACAUGAGAAUUCACACCGGAGAAAACCUUUCCACCAGCCAACAGUGUGGAGUAAAUUUCACUCAAAAUGAAAAGCUUGAAGAACUCAUGACAAUUCACACCGAAGAAAACCUUUCCACCAGCCAACAGUGUGGAGUAAGUUUCACUCAAAAUGAGAUUCUCAAUAUUGACAAGAAAAUUCAGACUGGGGAGAAUCCUUAUACAUGCUCUCAGUGUGGAAAGGGUUUUCAUCAACAAAGAAACCUUGAAGUCCACAUGAAAGUUCAUAAAGGAGAAAGGCCUUUUACCUGCCAACAGUGUGGAAAACAAUUCAACCAAAAAGUAAACCUUGAAGCUCACUUGAAAGUACACACUGGAGAAAGCCAUUUCACUUGCAAGCAGUGCGGAAAACGUUUCACUCAAAAAGGAAACCUUAACAGGCAUAUGCAAAUACACAGUGGAGAGAAGUCUUACUCGUGCCCUCAGUGUGGAGUAAGUUUCACACAAAAAGUGGUUCUCAAUAGGCAUAUAAGAAAUCAUACUAGGGAAAAGCCUUACACACGCCUUCAGUGCGGAAAGAGUUUUGGUCAAAAUGAAAAGCUUGAAGUACACAUGAGAACACACAAUCGUGAAAAACUUUAUUCAUGCCGGCAGUGUGGAAAAAGUUUUGCUCAACAGGUAAACCUCGACGUCCACAUGAAAAUUCAUACAGAAGAAAACCCUUUUACCUGUCAACAGUGUGGAAAAAGUUUUGCUCAACAGGGAAACCUCGACGUCCACAUGAAAAUUCAUACAGAAGAAAACCCUUUUACCUGUCAACAGUGUGGAAAAAGUUUUGCUCAACAGGGAAACCUCGACGUCCACAUGAAAAUUCAUACAGAAGAAAACUCUUUUACUUGUCAACAGUGUGGAAAAAGUUUUGCUCAACAGGGAAACCUCGACGUCCACAUGAAAAUUCAUACAGAAGAAAACCCUUUUACUUGUCAACAGUGUGGAAAAAGUUUCAAACGAAUAGGAAACCUUAAGUACCAUAUGAGAAUUCACUCUAGAAAAAAACCUCACACAUGCCAUCAGUGUGGAAAAAGUUUCGCUCAAAAUGAAAAGUUUGAAGAACACAUGAGAAUUCACACCGGAGAAAACCUUUCCACCAGCCAACAGUGUGGAGUAAAUUUCACUCAAAAUGAGAUUCUCAAUAUGGACAAGAAAAUUCAGACUGGGGAGAAGCCUUAUACAUGCCUUCAGUGUGGAAAGAGUUUUCAUCAACAUAGAAACCUUGAAGCCCACAUGAAAGUUCAUAAAGGAGGAAGGGCUUUUACCUGCCAACAGUGUGGAAAACAUUUCAACCAAAAAGUAAACCUUGAAGCUCACUUGAAAGUACACACUGGAGAAAGCCAUUUCACUUGCAAGCAGUGCGGAAAACAUUUCACUCAAAAAGGAAACCUUAACAGGCAUAUGCAAAUACACAGUGGAGAGAAGUCUUACUCGUGCCCUCAGUGUGGAGUAAGUUUCACACAAAAAGUGGUUCUCAAUAGGCAUAUAAGAAAUCAUACUAGGGAAAAGCCUUACACACGCCUUCAGUGCAGAAAGAGUUUUGAUCAAAAUGAAAAGCUUGAAGUACACGUGAAAGUUCACAGUGGAGAAAAACCUUUUACCUGCCUUCUGUGUGGAAAACACUUCAGUCACAAAACAAACCUUAACAGGCAUAUGAGGAUUCACACUGGAGAGAAGCCUUACACAUGCCAACAGUGUGGAAAGAGUUUUCAUCAACAUGUAAACCUUAAAGUACACAUGCGAACUCACAAUCGUGAAAAACUUAAUUCGUGCCGGCAGGGUGGAAAAAGUUUUGCACAACAGGGAAACCUAGAUGUUCACAUGAAAACUCAUACAGAAGAAAACCCUUUUACCUGUCAACAGUGUGGAAAAAGUUUUGCUCAACAGGGAAACCUCGACGUCCACAUGAAAAUUCAUACAGAAGAAAACCUUUUUACCUGUCAACAGUGUGGAAAAAGUUUUGCUCAACAGGGAAACCUCGACGUCCACAUGAAAAUUCAUACAGAAGAAAACCCUUUUACCUGUCAACAGUGUGGAAAAAGUUUUGCUCAACAGGGAAACCUCGACGUCCACAUGAAAAUUCAUACAGAAGAAAACCUUUUUACCUGUCAACAGUGUGGAAAAAGUUUUGCUCAACAGGGAAACCUCGACGUCCACAUGAAAAUUCAUACAGAAGAAAACCCUUUUACUUGUCAACAGUGUGGAAAAAGUUUUGCUCAACAAGGAAACCUUGACGUCCACAUGAAAAUUCAUACAGAAGAAAACUCUUUUACCUGUCAACAGUGUGGAAAAAGUUUCAAACGAAUAGGAAACCUUAAGAACCACAUGAUAAUUCACUCUAGAGAAAAGCCUCACACAUGCCAUCAGUGUGGAAAAAGUUUCGCUCAAAAUGAAAAACUUGAAGAACACAUGAGAAUUCACACAGAAGAAAACCUUUCCACCAGCCAACAGUGUGGAGUAAGUUUCACUCAAAAUGAGAUUCUCAAUAUGGACAAGAAAAUUCAGGCUGUGGAGAAGCCUUAUACAUGCUCUCAGUGUGGAAAGGGUUUUCAUCAACAAAGAAACCUUGAAGCCCACAUGAAAGUUCAUAAAGGAGGAAGGGCUUUUACCUGCCAACAGUGUGGAAAACAUUUCAACCAAAAAGUAAACCUUGAAGCUCACUUGAAAGUACACACUGGAGAAAGCCAUUUCACUUGCAAGCAGUGCGGAAAACAUUUCACUCAAAAAGGAAACCUUAACAGGCAUAUGCAAAUACACAGUGGAGAGAAGUCUUACUCGUGCCCUCAGUGUGGAGUAAGUUUCACACAAAAAGUGGUUCUCAAUAGGCAUAUAAGGAAUCAUACUAGGGAAAAGCCUUACACACGCCUUCAGUGCAGAAAGAGUUUUGAUCAAAAUGAAAAGCUUGAAGUACACGUGAAAGUUCACAGUGGAGAAAAACCUUUUACCUGCCUUCUGUGUGGAAAACACUUCAGUCACAAAGCAAACCUUAACAGGCAUAUGAGGAUUCACACUGGAGAGAAGCCUUACACAUGCCAACAGUGUGGAAAGAGUUUUCAUCAACAUGUAAACCUUAAAGUACACAUGCGAACUCACAAUCGUGAAAAACUUAAUUCGUGCCGGCAGGGUGGAAAAAGUUUUGCACAACAGGGAAACCUAGAUGUUCACAUGAAAAUUCAUACAGAAGAAAACCCUUUUACCUGUCAACAGUGUGGAAAAAGUUUUGCUCAACAGGGAAACCUCGACGUCCACAUGAAAAUUCAUACAGAAGAAAACCCUUUUACCUGUCAACAGUGUGGAAAAAGUUUUGCUCAACAGGGAAACCUCGACGUCCACAUGAAAAUUCAUACAGAAGAAAACCCUUUUACCUGUCAACAGUGUGGAAAAAGUUUUGCUCAACAGGGAAACCUCGACGUCCACAUGAAAAUUCAUACAGAAGAAAACCCUUUUACCUGUCAACAGUGUGGAAAAAGUUUUGCUCAACAGGGAAACCUCGACGUCCACAUGAAAAUUCAUACAGAAGAAAACCUUUUUACCUGUCAACAGUGUGGAAAAAGUUUUGCUCAACAGGGAAACCUCGACGUCCACAUGAAAAUUCAUACAGAAGAAAACCCUUUUACUUGUCAACAGUGUGGAAAAAGUUUUGCUCAACAAGGAAACCUCGACGUCCACAUGAAAAUUCAUACAGAAGAAAACUCUUUUACUUGUCAACAGUGUGGAAAAAGUUUCAAACGAAUAGGAAACCUUAAGAACCACAUGAUAAUUCACUCUAGAGAAAAGCCUCACACAUGCCAUCAGUGUGGAAAAAGUUUCGCUCAAAAUGAAAAACUUGAAGAACACAUGAGAAUUCACACCGAAGAAAACCUUUCCACCAGCCAACAGUGUGGAGUAAGUUUCACUCAAAAUGAGAUUCUCAAUAUGGACAAGAAAAUUCAGGCUGUGGAGAAGCCUUAUACAUGCCUUCAGUGUGGAAAGGGUUUUCAUCAACAAAGAAACCUUGAAGCCCACAUGAAAGUUCAUAAAGGAGGAAGGGCUUUUACCUGCCAACAGUGUGGAAAACAUUUCAACCAAAAAGUAAACCUUGAAGCUCACUUGAAAGUACACACUGGAGAAAGCCAUUUCACUUGCAAGCAGUGCGGAAAACAUUUCACUCAAAAAGGAAACCUUAACAGGCAUAUGCAAAUACACAGUGGAGAGAAGUCUUACUCGUGCCCUCAGUGUGGAGUAAGUUUCACACAAAAAGUGGUUCUCAAUAGGCAUAUAAGGAAUCAUACUAGGGAAAAGCCUUACACACGCCUUCAGUGCAGAAAGAGUUUUGAUCAAAAUGAAAAGCUUGAAGUACACGUGAAAGUUCACAGUGGAGAAAAACCUUUUACCUGCCUUCUGUGUGGAAAACACUUCAGUCACAAAGCAAACCUUAACAGGCAUAUGAGGAUUCACACUGGAGAGAAGCCUUACACAUGCCAACAGUGUGGAAAGAGUUUUCAUCAACAUGUAAACCUUAAAGUACACAUGCGAACUCACAAUCGUGAAAAACUUAAUUCGUGCCGGCAGGGUGGAAAAAGUUUUGCACAACAGGGAAACCUAGAUGUUCACAUGAAAACUCAUACAGAAGAAAACUCUUUUACCUGUCAACAGUGUGGAAAAAGUUUCAAACGAAUUGGAAACCUUAAAUACCACAUGAGAUUUCACAUUAGAGAAAAGCUUUACACAUGCCAUCAGUGUGGAAAAAGUUUCACUCAAAAUGAAAAGCUUGAAGAACACAUGACAAUUCACACAGAAGAAAACCUUUCCACCAGCCAACAGUGUGGAGUAAGUUUCACUCAAAAAGUGGUUCUCAAUAGGCAUAUAAGAAAUCAUACUAGGGAAGAGCCUUACACAUGCCUUCAGUGCGGAAAGAGUUUUGAUCAAAAUGAAAAGCUUGAAGUACACGUGAAAGUUCACAGUGGAGAAAAACCUAUCACCUGCCUUCAGUGUGGAAAACACUUCAGUCACAAAGCAAACCUUACCAGACAUAUGAGGAUUCACACUGGAGAGAAGCCCUACACAUGCCAACAGUGUGGAAAGAGUUUUCAUCAACAUGUAAACCUUAAAGUACACAUGAGAACUCACAAUCGUGAAAAACUUAAUUCGUGCCGGCAGGGUGGAAAAAGUUUCAGAAAGAAAUGUAUUCUCAACAGGCAUAUGAGAAUUCACACUGGUGAGAAGCCUUACACAUGCCGUCAGUGUGGAAAGAGUUUUGAUCAACAUGGAAACUUUAAACUCCACAUGAGUAUUCAUACAGGAGAAAAGCCUUUUACCUGCCAACAGUGUGGAAAGCGUUUCAAACGAAAAGGAACCCUUAAGUAUCACAUGAGAAUUCACUCCAGGGAAGAAAAGCUUUACACAUGCCAUCAGUGUGGAAAGAGUUUUGAUCAAAAUGAAAAACUUGAAGAACACAUGACAAUUCACACUGAAGAAAACCUUUCCACCAGCCAACAGUGUGGAGUAAGUUUCACUCAAAAUGAGAUUCUCAAUAUGGACAAGAAAAUUCAGACUGGGGAGAAGCCUUACACAUUCCCUCAGUGUGGAAAGGGUUUUCAUCAACAAAGAAACCUUGAAGUCCACAUGAAAAUUAAUUCAGGAGAAAGGGCUUUUACCUGCCAACAGUGUGGAAAAUGUUUCAAUAAAAAAGGAAACCUUACCACCCAUUUGAGAAUUCACACUGGAGAGAAGCCUUACACAUGCCUUCAGUGUGGUAAGAGUUUUCAUCAGCGUGGACACCUUAAACUCCACAUGAGUAUUCAUACAGGAGAAAGGCCUUUUACCUGCCAUCAGUGUGGAAAGAGUUUCAAACGAAAAGGAACCCUUAAGUACCACAUGAUAAUGCACACUAGAAAAAAGGUUUACACAUGCCAUCAGUGUGGAAAGAGUUUCACUCAAAAUGAAAAGUUUGAAGAACACAUGACAGUUCACACCGAAGGAAACCUUUCCACCAGCCAACAGUGUGGAGUAAGUUUCACUCAAAAUGAGAUUCUCCAUACGGACAAGAAAAAUCAGGCUGUGGAGAAGCCUUAUACAUGCCUUCAGUGUGGAAAGGGUUUUCAUCAACAAAUUAACCUUGAAGUCCACAUGAAAGUUCAUACAGGAGAAAGGGCUUUUACCUGCCAACAGAGUGGAAAACAAUUCAACCAAAAUGUAAACCUUGAAGCUCACUUGAAAGUACACACUGGAGAAAGCCAUUUCACUUGCAAGCAGUGCGGAAAACAUUUCACUCAAAAAGGAAACCUUAACAGGCAUAUGCAAAUACACAGUGGAGAGAAGUCUUACUCGUGCCCUCAGUGUGGAAAGGGUUUUCAUCAAAAUGAAAAGCUUGAAGUCCACAUGAAAAUUCAUUCAGGAGAAAGGCCUUUUACCUGCCAACAGUGUGGAAAAUGUUUUGCUCAACAGGGAAACCUUGAUGUUCACAUGAAAAUUCAUACAGAAGAAAACCCUUUUACCUGUCAACAGUGUGGAAAAAGUUUCAGAAAGAAAUGGAUUCUCAACAGUCAUAUGAGAAUUCACACUGGAGAGAAGCCUUACACAUGCCGUCAGUGUGGAAAGAGUUUUCAGCAGCGUGGAAACCUUAAACUCCACAUGAGUAUACAUACAGGAGAAAAGCCUUUUACCUGCCAACAGUGUGGAAAGCAUUUCAAACGAAAAGGAACCCUUAAGUAUCAUAUGAGAAUUCACACUGGAGAGAAGCCUUACACAUGCCAUCAGUGUGGAAAGAGUUUUCAUCAGCGUGGAAACCUAAAAGUACACAUGAGAAUUCACAAUCGUGAAAAAUUAAUUCGUGCCGGCAGUGUGGAAAAAGUUUUGACCGAAAAGGAAACCUCAAGGACCACAUGAGAGUACAGACUGGAGAAAGCACUUUCACUUGCCUUCAGUGUGGAAAAAGUUUUAAUCAAAAAACACACUUUUACAGUCACAUGAGAGCCCACACUGGAGGGGAAGUCAUACAUAUGUCCUAAGUGUGGAACGUGUUUCAUUCAGCAUGGAAAUCUUAAAGUCCAUGUGAGAGCUCACACUGGAGAGAGCCCUCAACUGUCAAUAAAAGGACAUUGAGAGAAACCAGAGAGAAAAGGUCUUAAUCAACAUAAAAAACCUUAAAGGGUUAGUUCAUCCAAUAAUUACAAUUAGCUUGCGUUUUACGCACCUUCAAGGCAUCCUAAGUGUAUAUGACUUUUCUUCUUUCUGAUGAAUCCAGUCCGUUAUAUUAAAAAUUGUUCUGGCUAUUUCAAGCUUUGUCGUUGCAGUCAAUGGGUGUUGAAGUUGAACGGUCCAUAAAGUCAUCUUAAGUUCAAUCAUCGAGGAUACACUAAAAAUAUAGAGUGCUUUCAUAGACCGUAAACUAGUGAUUUUGUUUUCUUUCUUUUUUUUUGGUUCCGGGUCAUUAAUAAAGGCCUUACAAAGCGAUGCAUUUGUUUAAGAAAAACAUCCAUAUUCACAACUUAACAUUGAUGUCUAACUUCACCUAAAUGUCUUAUGCAUGUUCACGAAAGAUUGGUGUAUUAACUUGCUCAUGCAACCAAAAUAUAUAACAUGAACAUUUAUCUGAAAUUUUAAAAUCCUGUACCUCAAUUGGGACAUGCACAAAAAAGGGCUUUUUUCUUUUUAUAAUAAAGAAAAUAAUUGGACAAACAA